ACCUCCUCCAGGAUAUAUCAGUGAAGAUGGAGAAACAAGUGACCAGCAGCUGAACCAAAGCAUGGAUACAGGAUCUCCAGCAGAGCUGUCUCCUAGUAGUCUUUCUCCAGUUAAUCAUAGCCUGGACUUGCAACCAGUUACUUACUCGGAGCCUGCGUUUUGGUGUUCAAUAGCAUAUUAUGAGUUGAAUCAAAGAGUGGGAGAAACCUUCCAUGCGUCUCAGCCUUCCCUGACUGUAGAUGGCUUUACAGAUCCAUCAAAUUCAGAGCGAUUUUGUCUAGGUCUGCUUUCCAAUGUAAACAGAAAUGCUACAGUGGAAAUGACAAGGCGACAUAUAGGCAGGGGAGUGCGUCUGUAUUACAUUGGCGGAGAAGUUUUUGCCGAGUGCCUGAGUGAUAGCGCGAUCUUCGUUCAGAGCCCCAACUGCAAUCAAAGAUACGGCUGGCAUCCUGCAACUGUGUGCAAAAUUCCUCCAGGAUGCAAUCUAAAAAUCUUCAAUAACCAAGAAUUUGCUGCUCUUCUGGCUCAAUCUGUGAAUCAGGGCUUUGAAGCAGUUUAUCAGCUUACUAGAAUGUGUACCAUAAGAAUGAGCUUUGUUAAAGGAUGGGGGGCUGAAUACAGGCGGCAGACGGUAACAAGCACUCCUUGCUGGAUUGAGCUUCACCUGAACGGGCCUCUACAGUGGCUGGACAAAGUAUUGACUCAGAUGGGCUCCCCUUCAGUUCGCUGCUCCAGCAUGUCCUAAAACUCUCCUCUGUCACCAGUGGGCUAAAAAUCGAGUCCAGUCAACAGACUUAAUAUAACAGCUCGUCUGUCGUAGUAUUUGUGUGUGGUCCCCAUGAACUGUUUACUAUCUAAAAAGGAUUUUUAAAAAGGAAAAAAAAAAAAAAAAAAAAAAAAAGAAAAAGAAAAAAAAAAAAAAAAAAAGAAAAAGAAAAAAAAAAGAAAGGAAAAGAAAAAAGAAAAAACAGCACUUGAGGUCUCAUCAGUUAAAGCACCUUGUGGAUUCUGUUUCCUAUACUCUGAUACUAGAUGAAAAUUUAGUGUAUAGAAAAGCCUUCUUCAGAAAGAAGGGACAGUUCUAAAGACUCUUUAAUGGUGUUUUUUAUUGGGUAUAUAAUUGAGUGUCCUAAUGGUUAUCAAUAACAUGAAUAGCUAAGUAUAUAUACGGAUAAUGUAUCAUGAUCUCAAAUAUCACAGUAUUGUGCUGUUCUACAUUUUAGUUCCCAUAAAUAGUAAUUUUGGUUUUUUGAUUGGGGCAAGUAUCUCAUGAAAUUCCAAGACUGUGCUCCCUUAUUCUUUUAUAUUUUUUUAAUAUAAGCAGGUUUUCAAGUUGUCCUAAACAUAAAAACACUUUCCUUGUAGAAAAGCUGAAUUUUUUGCUGUGUUCUUAAAGAGAAAGUCCCUCCAUUGGAAGGGAAAGAAAUGUCUUGAGAUUCAUCUGUGAAGUCUUAAGAUACUUUAUUUACUUAAUGGGGCCUAAAAUGAAUUCAUAUUAUAAAUUCUGAGUGUCCAUCACACUAGCAGUCUACUUUUUGAUACCCAUUUGAGUUGAUGCAUCUGUUGCCAGCAGUAUUGCCGGCAGUGGUGUAAUUUGGGACUUUUUUGUACCUUGGAUCAUUGAAAUGAGUGAUUUUUUUCUCAUGGACUGAGAAUUUACCAUGGCUUUGGAUAUUGGAUUAAGUGCACAAGAUUAUUGGCUUACCCCUUACAUCUGUAUUUUUUUUUUCAUUUAAUAAGUCUUACCCCCUAUCAUGUGUUUUUUUUUUUCAUUUUUUCAUAUGUCACUAAGAAUAAUGGGGUUUAGUUUUCAAAGCCGUAUACCUUGAAAAAUUAUUUCCCAGGGUAAGCUAGACUCUUUGUUUAGGUUUUAAAUAGAUGCAGCUUCUUAACAUAUUUCAGUAACAGAAUUUAAAUUUCUUAUCUGAGUCGCUUUUAUAGUUUACUUACACACCAGAUCAUACGCAUUCAUUAUGUCAUAAUGGGCCUUGUUAUUAAAAGUAGUUGCUUCUGCAAAACCUCUAGAAUAGUGGUUGCUGAGGUAUGACCAGCAAAGGAGGACUUCUAGGUUCUUUGUAACAGUGCAUGUUAUUGUGAACCCUUGGACACUACAGCUGCACCAUAUUAAAAAUAUUCUGAAAUAUAUUCUACAAAUAAGUCUGGGUUGGGGCUGGGUUGGGAAACUGUAUAGAAGGGUUAUUCUGACUUGAAAAAUACACAUCUUACUAACAAUCUUGUGAUCUAGCUGUCUGUCAUUCUUUUGUUAUUGUGGCAGUAGCAGGAUUGCCUUUGUCUGUUUUUUUCCAUUGUUUCAUCAAUUACACUAGUUCUGUACUUUGUAAGUACAGCUAGUGAUAACUUAGCUUUGAGAACAAAAAUGUGGCCAGUGUUACAGCUUUUAAUCACUUGACUGAAUUGAUGAUAGUGAUGGAUAUUUUUAUGCCAUAAUGACUAGGGCAUAGAAGCAAUACCAAAAAUCAAGCCUUGAGAAAAUGGGCCAGACACCUUUCAAAAAUUGGCAAAGCAGUUACCAGUUUGUGCUAGUUUUACCAGUAGACUAAUGUAUUGGUAGAACUUGUGGACCUAAGAGAUAAGCUUCAUGCGUGUUGCAUUUGCCUAAUAUGUGAAUACACUAAUAAAAGUUUUAAUUCUCAAAA